AUGAUCAUACUCGCAUGCUUGUUAAGUUUUAUCGGUCUCUCGAGUUCAGAAUGUGUCCUGGAUUCUUCCACCCCUCACAUCUCCAAGGAGGCCAGUCUGCACAAGCACCUGAUCGCCAACUACAAGAUCUCCAAGCAGCCUACCAGAAUGAAAAACGUCUCCGUAAACAUAAGGUUUCUACUCAAAACGUUUCAAUUCUUUAACGAGGAGGAGGAGUUUCUGGUACACAGCUGGGUCUUCGUGUCCUGGCACGACGACUGCUUGACCUGGAAGCCGGAGGAAUACGACAGCAUCGACAACACCCUGAUAAAAACCAUGCAUAUCUGGACUCCGCAAAUCGCGAUGGACAACGAACUGGCUUUCGAGUACGGCAUUUUUUACUCCCCGCUCCAGAGAUGCCAGGUCUUUCACACCGGGCUGGUGGCUUGCGUUCCCAGGGUCACAGACAUCGUCACCUGCAAUUCGGUUCUCGACAACUGGCCCUAUGAUAUCCAAACGUGCAAUUUGAUCUACACCAUUAAGAACAACGUGAGUCUUUCCUACCCUAGCUCCAAGCCGAUCACGAUGCUCGGAGCGGAGUACGGCACAGGCUGGACUAUAGUGGCAUACGCGUACACGCACCCUGAAAAUCUUAAGGACAAAUUCACCCUUUCCAUUACGGUGGAACGGACGGCGGCUUUGUUGGCUGCGAUAAACGUCUCUCCUGCCAUCCUUAUCGCAGUGUUAGGUGUCGGUGCUCUAUUUAUUGAUGUGAGGAAUACUCUUCGUGUAUACCUUCUGUGUUUUUGUCUGGCCUGCAACUUCACGUUCGUGCAGAUUAUCAACGAGAACAUUCCCAAAGGAGGAGUCGGCUCCCCCAAGGUUCUGAUGUUUCUCCGAAAUUCUAUAUUGAUGACAGCUAUUUCUGUAGUCGUGACCUUCGCUUUGAAGAAUUUGAGGAAGUAUACGAAGCCUACUCCGACGUGGGUGAUCCAAAUCAAUGAUUUUGUUACGAAGGACGCCAGAAAAAAGUUCAUUUGGCCGAAGUGGGAGGCGGAUUGUUGCGAAGACGAGAGUACCAAGAAGAUAAUGGAAGAUUGGAACACAUUUUCAUUCGUUUCUAACUUUUUCUUACUUAUUGCCUAUUUGUUAUGUUACUUUAUUUUGUUCCUCAUAUACAUACCGAACCCUACACCAGUUACCAUAUAA